AUGAGCAGCGGAGCAGGGAACGAGGAGGUUCCUCGCGAUGUGCGUCUGUUGCACCUGAUUUUUGCGACUCAGGGGAUUCAGUCGUACCAGGACCAUGUUCCUCUUCAGUUGAUGGAUUUCGCGUACAGAUACACCUGCGGAGUUCUACAAGAUGCGGUGCUAUAUAACGACCAUGCGUACGCAAGCGCCAAUGGAGGUGCCUCAGCCGGGAUGUCGAAUGCGCCGCUCUCGAACGAGGAUAUCAGACUGGCUAUUGCUGCUCGCACAAACUACCAAUUCAAGCCUGUUCCUCCGAAGAAGCUUCUGUUGAAACUCGCUGCCGAAAGAAACGAGAAGCCCUUGCCGCCCGUUAUGCCUGCGUGGGGUGUGCGCUUGCCUCCGGAGAAGUACUGUCUGACGGCCAAGGACUGGGAGUUGGACGAGGAGGAGGAUGAGGGGCCCGAAGGAGAGUCCAAGCGACAGAGGACGCAAUGAAUAGCCGUACAACGUUGUGGCGGGACAUCCAGCAGAGGUUCUGGUUCUGCGUCUGCUACAAAUUCGGGGACCAGGAACGGCAUAAAUCGAGGUGUCCAUAAUUAAAUAUUUUUAUUUGUACA